UGAUAUAAGGGGAUUCCUUGGGCAGGGGCUCCCCCCACGUGUUUUCUUGGCUGUUCUGGGGCGGCCCCGUGUGCCCUGCCCCUACCCUGGAGCCGGCUGCAUCUCGGGGCCGCUUGCUUCUCGCAGCCCUGCCCAGGGGCGCCGGGGCCAUGCUCCGCAUCCACGUGCUGGCGGGGCAGGCUCUGGUGUGGCGCUUCGAGGACGCCCGGGAGAUCCGGGAGCGGCACCGGCUGGUGGGGACCCUGGUGGGGGCGCUGGCCCGGGCGCCGCGCCAGAACGUGCGGCUAGGGCUGCCCCUGCAGCUGCUCCCAGAGGAGGCCCGGCUGCUGGCUGAGAUGGGGGCUGCCGUGCUAGUGAGGAGCGCUGAUGCCCAGCCCCAGGGGCAGUCGGCCCAGGCAUCCGAGGGGCAGCUGUACGAGCAGGGGCUGGAAGAGAGCUACCAGGAGCAACGGUGCUUGGCUGCACAGGAGCGCUGGGCCCAGCUGGCAAACCUGGCAGAGCGCAUCGCACAGGGCCGUGCCCACAAGCAGGAGCAGCGGGGGAAGCUGCCAGACACUGUCCCAUUGCCAGGACCCGCGGAGGAACGGGAGCGUUUGGAGUCAGCUUUUGUCUUCCCCCAUGAGUCCAUGAUGGUGCAGCUGCCCACGGCAUGGCCCUGCCCUGGACAAGAGGAGCAGGUGGACUGGACCCAGCCCUCAUGGGACUGGCCUCAUGCUGGGCACCAGGAGCAUGAGACCCGGUACUGUGUCUUCCGGGACCUGUGGGGCAGAGGGUACUACGUGACUAGUGGCAGCAAGUUUGGUGGGGAUUUCCUUGUCUACCCAGGGGACCCCAUGCGCUUCCAUGCCCAUUACAUUGCCCUGUGCUGCCCCCCAGGGGCACCACUCCCACUCUGUGACAUUGUGGCAGCUGCACGCCUCGGCACCAGUGUCAAGAAGACAGUACUGCUGUGCUCGGCUGGUGAGGAUGGGGUCGUGAUUUACACCUCCCUGCAAUGGAGUGGGCUGCAGUGAUCAGGGCGGGGGGUGUCCCUGCCCACUAGACAAAGAGCUGGGGCUGUGGGUCAGUCAGCCCCUGCCCUCCCUCCCAAAAGCCCAUCCAUGGACCCCAGUGGUGGCAUCUGCAGUGGCCAGUUAGGGACUGAUGCCACAGGAAAUGGCUCUGGGUCUGAUCUCCCAGGUGGGAACAGGACAGGUAUGUGGGAUGAACUGACAGUAAGAGUGGGGUCAGGAGUGAGGGGUACCAGCAGGGUUGGGGGUUCCCCCCCACUGACAGAAUCCAGGGGAGUUAUUAUUUUUGUAUUUUAAUUAAAACAUCUGGACAAAAAAAGAAUCUUUCAGUGCAC